UUGUUUGUUUCAUUAUUUGGGAAACAAGAUUUACUUGGUAUUCGCAAUAGUUGGUUAAUUGGUGAAGAGCAUAAUAAAAUCAAGAUCAAGGUCACACUCAAUAAGCAGAUUCAGUUCUGGGAUGCGAUGAGUAAACGCUGUGAUGUGCAUUGAAGUUAUUAUAUUUUCACUAUUAUGAAAUGUUUGAUGAAGGUCUAGGCCACAAACUUGUUGGAAACAAAAGAUAUCAUCUUCUAGUGAAUGCUCAAAUUGGAUAAGCAAAGAUUUGAGUCCCAAAUUUCGUUGACUCAAUAAUAGUGAUAACAAUGACACCUUACAUCAUAAUCGUUAUAAUUUCAUUGGAUUUCGCUCAACAACGUCACCGUAAAGACAAUUGAUGAAUAAAGCUCCACUUUAUGAAUUGAGUCAUCUCAACAUAUAUAAACUCGCCCAGGAAAGUCUUGGAGUCACACUUCUUCGCACCAUUUCCCCACCACGACCCGACCUGAUCCAGAGCUUUGGUACAUCUCAAACAUGGACAUUUGGCGUUUCUGGCAAGUUCUCUACAUCGUUGGCCUCGCCCACUGGGCUCAGUGCCACAGCGAUCCCUUGGACACAAGUGAGUCUGCCUUGUUUGACGAGCAAGCCCACGUUCCAGGUGAACCUUUGACUCCCAUCGACUAUCAAAAUGCGGAAAGUGUUGGGCAAAGCUCUCCUCCCAACGAUCAGUUUAACUCGGACCCCAUCGAGCUUGCUGGACUGUUCGAGGGCGACAUCAUUCUCAGCACUACGAUGAGGAAUCUGGGAAACGAAUCUUCUGAGGAUUACGGAAACAGAAAUGGAAUUAUUUACGAGAAGCAAAAAUGGCCUGCAGGAGUCGUCCCUUACUUUAUUUCUUCGCAAUUUAAUGCUGUGGAGAGGAGCGUGAUUGCUAAAGCCAUUUCCGAGUACCAUGCUAACACUUGCAUCAAAUUCAAGCCCCGAACGAGUGAAACAGAUUACAUCCACAUCACAAAGGGCAACGGCUGCUCGAGUUUGGUAGGUCGAGCUGGAGGUGCUCAGCCCGUGACACUCGGCCAAGGCUGCGUCUACACCGGAAUUGCAAUCCAUGAGCUCAUGCACGCCGUUGGGUUUUGGCACGAACAAAGUCGCUUUGAUCGGGAUGAUCAUGUCAACGUUUACUUCCAAAAUAUCCAAUCAGGAAUGGAAUUCAACUUUCGAAAGUACACGUGGAACUACAUUCAAAACCUGAGUGCACCCUACGACUUGUCCAGCGUGAUGCACUACGGCUCAUACGCGUUCUCCAAGGACAGGCGAAGUGCCACCAUUCUUCCCAAGGACCCAAACAAGAAAAUCGGACAACGCGACAACUUUUCCAAGAUUGACAUAUUGAAGAUCAACCGAUUGUAUCAGUGCGACAAUGUCAAGCCUACGAGCACCCCACCUCCAACUCCCAAGCCAAUAACAGCUUGCGAAGACAAUCACAAGCACUGUGCAUACUGGGCCGCCUCGAAAGGAGAAUGUGUCAACAACAGUGCCUGGAUGCUGGUCAACUGCAAAAAAUCUUGCAAACAAUGCGACAAGCCUUGUGAGGACCUCAACCAAUAUUGUGGCGUUUGGGCGAAACGUGGCGACUGUACCAGAAGUUCGGAAUAUAUGAAGUCCUACUGCUCCAAAUCCUGCCGUACCUGUAAAACCAAUGGUGGUGCUGGUGGCUCUGUCGGUGCUCCCGAACCACAUCCCAACAUGGAAUGUGAUGACAAGGAAAAAUAUUGCAUGUAUUGGGCCUCCAGAGACGAAUGCAGUAAAAACCCAAAAUUCAUGGGAAAAUAUUGUCCAAAAUCCUGUAAAUUGUGUUGAAUCUGAAUAAAAAAUUGUAACUACUUGUUA